AUGUUCCAACUUCCUGUAAAUAACCUUGGCAGUUUACGGAAAGCCAGGAAGACAGUGAAGAAGAUCCUGGGGGACAUUGGCCUCGAGUACUGCAAAGAGCAUGUAGAGGAAUUUAAGCAGUUCGAACCCAAUGACUUCUAUGUGAAGAAUACCUCCUGGGACGAUGUGGGACUCUAUGACCCAUCGCUUACUAAAAAUCAGGACUACCGCACGAAACAGUUCUGCUGCAGCCAAUGUCCAUUCUCCUCCAAGUUUUUCUCCGCGUAUAAAAGUCACUUUCGCAAUGUACACAAUGAGGACUUUGAGAACCGCAUUCUGUUGAACUGUCCAUACUGCACAUACAAUGGAGAUCGCAAGACCUUGGAAAUGCACAUUAAGGUGUUUCAUGCCCCCAGUGCACCUCAGCCAAACCCACCUCUCACCGCUUUCAAGGAUAAAAACAAGUAUGAGAGCCUUAAGCCGAAGCCGACAGACAGUGUGGAGCAGGCAGUGUAUUAUUGUAAGAAGUGCACUUACAGAGAUCCUCUCUAUGAAGUGGUGAGAAAACAUAUAUACAGGGAACACUUUCAGCAUGUUGCGGCACCAUACGUCGCCAAGUGUGAGAAAUCUGUCAAUGGUGCUGUGUCUACAGGUGCAAAUGCUAACGACGAAAGCAGCAUUCAGUGUAAGCGCUGUCGAUUCAUGCCGAAGAGCUAUGAGACUUUAGUCCAGCACAUCAUUGAAGAUCAUGAACGCAUUGGGUACCAGGUCACAGCUAUGAUAAGCCACACCAACGUGGUCGUCCCCAGAUCCAAGCCAUUGAUGCUGAUAGCACCAAAACCACAAGAGAAGAAGCCCCUUGGCAUGCCUCAGCGAAUGGGUCCAAUUACGCCAGCAAAUAUCCGACCUCUUCCUUCACAACAGAUGGUCAAUAGACUUGCGAUACCAAAGCCGUCAAUUAAUUCCAACAUGAUGACUAACAUGCACAUGCAGCAGAACAACUAUGGCGUUAAAGGAAUCACACCAGGAUAUGCGGUUGGCCAGCAGAUGAGGCUAGGUAUGGGUGGCAAUGCACCUGUGUCUAUUCCUCAGCAAUCCCAGUCAAUGAAGCAAUUACUUCCGGGUGGCAACAUAAGGCCGUACCCCCUCUCAAAUGAUCAGAGGUCUCCUGCUCCACUAAGGUACUCUCUUCAGUCUGGAAACUCUGCUUUGUCAAGUAGCCAUCUAAAGCCUGCUUCCAUUACUCCACCCCAUGUAGCCUCUCGUGGUAUGGUCCAGACAAGUGCAAAGCCUCCAGGAGCUGCUUCAGCAGCUGCUGCAGCAGCUGCCAAUGCCAAUGCCACCUCGUCUACCCAGAAAUGGAAAAUCUGUACCAUCUGCAACGAGCUAUUUCCUGAAAAUGUAUACAGCAUUCACUUUGAGAAGGAGCACAAGGCAGAAAAGGUGCCUGCGGUAGCAAACUACAUCAUGAAAAUACACAACUUCACAAGUAAAUGUCUAUACUGUAAUCGAUACUUGCCAACUGACACCUUGCUAAAUCACAUGCUGAUCCACGGGCUGUCCUGCCCUUACUGUCGAUCGACUUUUAACGAUGUAGAGAAGAUGGCGGCUCACAUGAGAAUGGUUCAUGCCAAUGAAGAAAUGGCGCCCAAAACCGAUUCCACUUUAACUUUUGACCUAACAUUACAGCAAGGUAGCCACACCAACAUCCACUUGCUUGUCACCACAUACAAUCUACGGGAUGCUCCAGCUGAAUCUGUCGCUUACCAUGCUCAAAAUCAACCAACGGCCACUCCUCCUCCUCCUCCGAAAGCCCCAGCAAAGAUUCCGGAAAAGGUGGAGCCCGUAAUCAAAAACUCGCCACAGACUGCUGUGCCCUACAAGAAAGACGUAGGUAAAACAUUAUGCCCGCUCUGCUUUUCUAUCUUGAAGGGGCCUAUUUCUGAUGCUCUUGCCCACCACUUAAGAGAGCGGCAUCAAGUCAUUCAGACCGUUCAUCCUGUUGAGAAAAAGCUCACUUACAAGUGUAUCCAUUGUCUUGGCGUGUACACCAGUAACAUGACGGCAUCAACUAUCACACUUCAUCUUGUGCAUUGCCGAGGUGUUGGAAAAACCCAGAAUGGGCAGGAUAAGGGUGCAUCUAUGAGAAUAAAUACUACCCAUAUAAUGCCUGCAAUGAAACGUCCCAAUGACUUUGUAGAUCUAGUGAAUGUGAAGAAGCGAAAGCCAGACGAGGACCCAGAUGCUCCGAUUAUUUUAGACGAUAAGCCAGAGGAGCCACCAGUGGCUUUGGCAGUCGAUCCAAAAGGGCAUGAAGAUGACUCCUACGAAGACAGAAAGACAUUCCUUACAAAAUACUUCAACAUUCAGCCCUAUGCUAGCAGAAGAGAGAUCGAAAAGUUAGCAGCCAGCUUAUGGUUAUGGAAGAGCGAUAUAGCAUCUCAUUUUAGCAACAAGAGGAAAAAGUGUGUCCGAGACUGCGAGAGGUACAAAUGCAGCGUUCUCCUUGGCUUCAAGAUGAAAGAACUUAAUAAAGUUGAUCACAGUAUGGAUUUUGGGGCUGAGUGGAUGUUUGAGAACAUUGACGAAUCCCAGGCAGCACCAAACGCAAGUAAAACCGUAGAUAAGCGAAAACUUAAUGAGUCUAGUUCCUCAGAUAGUUCAGCGAUCAUUGAAGAAGAUUUGAACGAUGGUGUCACUGUCAUUGAGCCUUCUCCCGAAAAGGAUGUCAAAGAGCCAGUGAAACCCCCUAGUACAGAACCAGUGAAAUCCCCUAGUACAGAACCGGAGUCAAGUCUACCACAGCGGGCCGAAGAGUGUCAAGAUGUCCAGAAGGCACCCGCUCCAUCAAAAACCAACAAUCAUUCUGACUCAUCUGCUGAGAUAAUUCUAGACAAUUCUGACGAGGAAGAAAAAGAAGAGCCACCUGCUUCUAAAGAUGAAACCUCUCGUUCUGACAGCGCACCGGUUUCUCAACAGGUCUUUGAAAUAGAAGACAGCCCAGAAGCGGUCAAGCCUGAAAAUUCGGUCAAUGAUUCCAACCACAGCGAGGAUGCUGGGAGCACCAAGGAAGAAGUGAAAGAACAAUUGCCAGAAAGUGAUGAGGAGCAAACCAAAUGGAAACAGAAUUCCGUGGAAAAAGUUGAAGAGUUCUGGUCUAAAGAAAAGUCGCCGUCGUUAAGCAGCUCAUCUGCCAAUGAGGAGAGUUUGUCAAACCAGCCAAUGGAUUGGCAGACUGGCACAAACGAUAGCGAAGAUGGGGAUCACUUUAACAUGACUGUUACAGAUAAAAUGCAUAGCAAUCUAGCAGCUGUUGGACUUAGCAGCCAGGAAGUAUAG